AGGAUAGCUUCCAUGGCAUCCAGGGCUCGUUGAAAAACCGCUUCCAUCAUCGAAGGAGCUUGUAGUAGAUGAUGGAAGACAUCAGCAGGGAGAGCAUGCAGCUGGAGAAGCUGAAGCUCCUCAAGCCUGUCAGCAAUGAAGUCAGAGGUGAUCAGCUCGGGUUCUACUCAAGGAGAUCGAACGGCGAGCAAAGUGUUGACGCCAAGGCGCUGGCGAAGGAGGUUGAAGAGGAGAUCAAUGAAAGAGUCCGAAGUGGGGUGCAGGCGAAUGGAAGCCAUUGCGAACAACUUGUCGCCCAUGCUGAGAGACUUUGUGAUCUCAAGAAGAAUCAGUCGAGCUUCAGUCCAACCGCCUCCACCACUCCUCUCCAAGUGUUUGUUACUAUCCACCUCAAGGCGAAGAAUGCAAAGCGCCUGUUGACCAAGGUGCGGCAGAUGGGCAAACAUGACCCAUGUGCUGACCCUGGUUCGGUUCAGGUGGCGACGUUAGCAGACGUUUGCCAUCAUCGAGGUAUAGCGGUCUCCGACAACUUGGACGUCUACUUCGAUGCCAAAGGCAAUGCCAAAGGAGACUUUGAGGUCGUGUGCGCCCCGGAGAUGAUGGGGAAUCCGCAAAGAGGGGUGCAGAAGAUCAACAGUAUACGGGGACAGAUGAAACGGGGAGAUUCGGUCAAGUCAACUGCGUUGAAGCUUCCCUCGCUGGGCCCUGUAGAGUCCGUCACGGGCAAGCGCAAGGACGCAGCGCACAUGAGCGAGAAAGUGCUGCAGGAUGGCUCAAGGUAUCGUGGCAACCUCAGAGGCGAUAAGCCGCAC